GGAGCACAUUGAUCCUCCAUCCUCCAUCCGACGUCAUUCAGGAACACGAAGCCAGCCAGACCAAAGCGCUCAGUCAUCCUCGGAAUCGUCGCUCUUCGGGUUUUGACGAUCUCACUUCACCCAGCCGCUUUACCGCAUUAGGCUGGACGGCGCGAGCCAGUGAUUGGCCAAGAAUGCAACACCACAACCUCUGCUGAAUCAUGGCCCGAGCCCGAGCCGAGUCUUUAAUCAGCAUGGGCGAUGAUAACGCGGAAUAUGAUCGCAAAAACACUGCUAUGAAGAUGUCUGCGCUUGUCGAGCAGAAACCCUCCCGUCUCAAAUCACACCAUAUACCCCGAGAACUAUCAUAUACACAAUGCCAACCUUCACAAUCAUCAUCGUCGGCGCAGGACUCGCAGGACUCUGUAGCGCGAUCGGACUGCUCAAACAGGGCCACAAAGUCAUCAUUCUCGAACGUGCUCACAAGCUCUCACCAGCAGGAGCCGGCAUUCAUGUCCCGCCCAACGCCACUCUGGUGCUCGAACGAUGGGGCAUCCUGGAGAGAUUCCGGCACGUAGCCAUUGUGCCAGCCAGCUUCACGUUCAGGCGGUACGACGACGGACGAUUGCUCGGCAGGACGGCGCCGGAGGGAAGCGAGACCGCCUCGAGAACACCAUACUGGUCCAUGAAGCGCGCAGACUACCAGUCAAUCCUCCACGACAUAGCCACCGAGCUGGGCUGCGACCUCCGCCUCAAUCAACACAUCGUCUCCGUCAACGAAGACGAGCCCUCCGUCACGACAUCCACCGGAGAACUCAUCAAAGGCGACCUCAUCAUCGCCACAGACGGCAUGAAAUCCCACCUCCGCACCCUCAUCCUCCCAAACAACAACACAUCCCCAACCACCCACCCGCAAACCACCUACCGCGCCUGGGCCCCUAUAUCCACCCUAACCACCAACCCC